AUGCUACCGCCAAAGCCAACUCCACUACUAACAAGGCGUGCGACAUCAAACAGAGAUCGUGAAGAAGGGCAUAGACGUCUAGUACACGAUUAUUUUGCGGACAAUUGUAUCUACCAACCUAGAGAUUUCAAAAGAACAUUUCGUUUGCGAAAAAAUAUGUUUCAACAGAUAGUCAUUGCAUUCGAAAGCAGGUAUGAAUUAUUCCAAAUGAGGUAUGAUGCAAGAGGUAAACGAGGUUUUACAGGGUUGCAAAAAUGUGUUGCUGCAAUCGAGCUCAUGGCUAUGGGGGAGUCGCCCGAUUCCAUUGAUGACUGUAUGCGAAUGUCGGAGCGAAUUGCACGAGAAAAUUUGUAUAGAUUGGCGAGAGGUGUUAUCGAAAUCUUCGGUGCAAAUACUUGCGCAAACCUUCAUUGA